AUGUCGUCCUCCAGUGAUGCCAGCCCCAGCAGCUGGAUCACUGGCAGCUACACCGGCGACAGUAAUGGCCUGCGCAUCACCAUCGCAACCUUUAUCGGGGUCGCGUGGUACAACGUCAUCGAGCUGAUUGUCGUCAUCUUCCUCACCUUCAAGCGCUACCGCGGUCCCUACUUCUGGAGCAUGUUGAUAGCCUCGUUCUUCGCCCUGACCACCGCGACAUGGCUCCCGAUCGUCCUGCUCACCAUCGGAUGGUGGACCAUGGUUACCGGCCAGUCAUUCGUCCUGUACUCCCGGCUGCACUUGGUUCUCGAGAACCUCCGGAUUUUGCGCCUGGUAAAGGGGAUGAUUAUCGCGAACAUCUUCUUCCUCCAUAUCCCGACAACCGUUUUGACCUUCGACGCGAAUUUCUCCCACACCGACGCCUCGGUGCGCGGGUACGAUAUUAUGGAAAAGAUUCAGCUGACCGGCUUCUGUGUCCAAGAAGUGAUCAUCUCCUGUCUAUACAUGUGGGAAACGUGGCGCCUGUUGCAAUUGAAUCCUGAUCGUGGGACCCGGAAGACGAUCAUCCAGCUGCUGGCGGUCAACGUGUCUUGUGUGCUCAUGGACAUCGCGCUGAUGGUCAUCGAGUUCAUGAAUUUCUACAUCUACCAAACUACCCUCAAGGCUACGCUCUACAGCAUCAAGCUGAAGCUGGAGAUUGCCGUGCUGGGAAAGUUAGUCAAUGUCGCCCACCGGCAUGUCUGGCAAUCGUCCUUUGAUCGCGUUGGCGGCCCCCGCUACCCCUCUUUUGUCGAUCCUUCUCAGCUCAUGACCGACUACAACCACGCCGACUCUUUGCCUACGAGCCGAGGUUCGAAAGGGCAUGCAAACGGUCUAGAAGACGUGGACUGUGACGAUUCUCGAUGA